GGUCAGAGGAGGGAGGCUGGGGACUGCGUCAGAGUGGGGAGGCUGGGAUCAGAGCAUCAGAGGGAGGAGGCAACCCCAGCCUCUGGAGCAGUUCCCUGUGUGCCUCCCCCUCUUCAGGUCCUCCUGCAGGAGCCCAACCCGGGCAUCGAGUUUGAGUUCUGGCUCCCCCGGGAACGCUACAGCCCCUUCCAGGCUCGGGCGCAGGCCCUGGGCUGGCCCCUGAGGCAGCCACAGACCCGGGAGGUGGAGCCCCAGCCCCCCGCAGCCCCCACAGUGUCCCCUGCACAGACCCCACCCCUGGCCCCAGACCCCUGCCCACCCUGUCCCGACACCCGAGGCCGCGCCCACCGACUGCUUCACUAUUGCGCCAGUGACUUUGCGUUCCAGGCCCGCGUGCUGGGCCGCCACCGCCAGGCCCAGGAGACCCGCUACGAGGUGCGUAUCCAGCUCAUCUACAAGAACCGCACGCCACUGCGGGCCCACGAGUACGUGUGGGCGCUGGGCCACUGCCCCUGCCCACUGCUGGCACCCCACCGGGACUACCUGCUGGCUGUCCAGCGCCUCGUCAGCCCCGACGGCACACAGGACCGCCUGCUGCUGCCCCACGCCGGCUAUGCCCGGCCCUGGAGCCCUGCCGAGGACAGCCGCGUACGCCUGACUGCCCUGCGCUGCCCUGUCUGAUCCCCCAGGAACGCUGGCCACACACAGCAAGAAACAUACAUCUGACCAGGUUCAAAGUCAACCUAUUUCCCCUCUCACCCUGGCUUCCAGGCAGCUCUGAAAUGUGUCCCACCUGCAGCUCUGUGACUCCCUCUCACACACAGACACCUCUGCAUGCAGCCACAUUCACCGUCACAAGCCGGCAGGCAAUGGUGGGAAAACACUGAGGGGGCGCUGACUUAUUUCACCUCUCUCCCUGCCUGCCAGGAAGCUCAUAGCUAUUUAUACUCAGAAAGUUGUUUUUUGUUGUUGUUUUUUUUUGUUUUGCUUUUUAAAUAUGGAAAGCUUCAC